AUGCUUCGAGCUACUAGCUAUUUCGCCUCUUAUGCUAGAUACUCUAGCUCUAGAAUCCUGCGCCCAAAUCAGGUUGAAUUGUUGAAAACAAGGUCGUCUGCCGCUAUUUCUCCAUAUCAAAAAGUCAGCCCAAUCCCAGCAGUUGGCGCAAUCCCAGUCGGUGAUGCAAAUGGAAACUUCUGUACCAAAACUCGUCAGAAACAUCCAUCGAUCAAUACUAGAAAUGACUUGAAGAAGGCACAAAGAGUUGUUGUCAAGCUGGGAAGCGCAGUGAUUACGAGAGAAGAUGAAUGCGGUCUAGCAUUGGGAAGACUUGCAUCGAUUGUGGAACAGGUCUCGGAACUUCAACAAUCAGGACGUCAGAUGCUUAUUGUUUCAUCUGGAGCAGUCGCAUUUGGAAGACAAAAACUGAGGCAGGAAUUGGUGAUGAGCAUGAGCAUGAGGCAGACUUUGAGAGGUCCAUCGGGAAUGACUGCAGACAAAAGAGCGUGUGCUGCUUCUGGUAUGCCAGGACUCAUGUCACUAUAUGAGCAACUUUUUCAACAAUAUGGAAUCACUGUGGCUCAAGUCCUUCUCACCAAGCCGGAUAUUGAUGAUCCACAAAGAAGAAAGAAUCUUACUGCAACUAUUGAAAGUCUGCUUUCCCUUAACAUCAUUCCGAUUGUUAACGCCAACGAUGCAGUUGCUCCAGACCCGAAACUGAACAUGCAUAUUUCUGACAACGAUUCUCUUGCUGCCCGUCUCUCCGCUGAAAUCGAAGCGGAGCUCCUUAUAAUUCUCUCAAACGUGAAUGGAGUGUACACCGGACCACCGGAUCUUGAAGGAUCCCGUCUUCUUCACACUUUCGUGCCUUCUGAAAAUUCUGGAGUCGCUUUCGGAGCCAACAGCAAAUUUGGAACUGGAGGAAUGGAAAGCAAGGUGAAUGCUUGCGUUACUGCCCUCGAAAAUGGUGUCACUACCGUAAUCACCAACGGAUUGUCUCAAAAUGCGAUAACCGAUGCAGUUGCUGGCAAGAAAAAUGGAACAAUGUUUUGUAGAACUCAGAGAUACGAAGGACCCCCAAUCGAGGAAGUUGCUGAGAGAUGCCGCGAUGCUGGACGCCAAUUGGCUGCACUCACUAAUAAUGAGCGUGCUGCAAUGGUACGUCAUUUAGCAGGACUCCUCAUUGCUAGAGAGAAUGACAUCAUGGAGGCGAAUCGCUUGGACAUGAGCAACGCGAAAAACUCCGGAUUAGAACCGCAACUAUUGAACCGCCUCAAAAUGACGAAAGCUAAGCUCCAAGACUUGCAUAGCGGUCUUAAUAUGAUUGCUGACUCGGCGGAAACACUUAUUGGAAGAUGCUUGAAGAAAGUCAAGGUUUCUGAUAAUCUCUAUUUGGAGCAAGUCACCGUUCCAAUCGGAAGUCUUAUGGUGAUUUUCGAGUCUCGGCCUGAUUGUUUGCCACAAGUGGCAUCAUUGGCGAUGGCUUCUGGAAAUUCGCUUCUUCUCAAAGGAGGAAAAGAAGCCGAUGAGAGCAACAAAAUGCUUCACAGCAUUGUACAAGAGGCUUUGGGAACUCAUGGUUUUGAUAUGAGAGAUGCUAUCACAUUGGUUAGAAGCAGAGAAGAUGUUGCUGAUCUUCUUCAAUUAAAGCAUUGCAUUGAUUUGGUGAUUCCGCGGGGAUCUUCGGAACUUGUUCGUUCUAUGCAAGAGAAGAGCAAGGGUAUUCCUGUGCUCGGACACGCCGAAGGUGUGUGCCAUGUUUACAUUGACAAGGAUUGUGAUGAGCACAUGGCUAUUCAAAUAGUUCGUGAUUCAAAAUGCGAUUAUCCAUCUGCAUGCAAUGCUGUUGAGACAAUUUUGAUCCACAAGGACCUUGCCACAACUCCAUUCUUUGACUCUCUGUGCACUAUGUUCAAAACAGAAGGCGUUAAACUUCAUGCUGGACCAAAGCUUGCUUCUCUUCUUAAGUUCGCUCCACCACCAGCUGAAAGCUUGUCCUUCGAAUAUGGGUCUCUUGAAUGUACACUUGAAGUUGUUGAUAACGUCGAAGAAGCCGUUGCUCAUAUCAUCAGAUACGGAUCUGGACACACAGAGAGCAUCAUCACUGAAAACAGCGAAACUGCAGAACAUUUUCUAAAGCAUGUGGACAGUGCUUGUGCGUUCCAUAACGCUUCCACCAGAUUCGCCGAUGGAUAUCGAUUCGGACUUGGCGCCGAAGUUGGAAUCUCAACUGGACGAAUACACGCGAGAGGACCAGUUGGCGUUGAAGGGCUUUUGACCACUAAGUGGAUCCUUCGUGGAGAGGGACAUACUGUGCAAGACUUCAAAGAGGGUGGAAAAUACCAAUACAUCCACGAGCUAAUGAAUCCUACCGAAGUAUAUCGCAAAUUGGAGGACGAGAAGAAAGUCAAAACUGCUGCCUAA